AUGCCAAGGCAUUUUUCAUUGAAAUCAAUCUCGGCGGGGCUUGCCUUUGCCGCUGUUAUCCCUACCGUCACGGCUCAUUCUUGGGUUGAGCAAGUUCGCCGCAUUGCGUCAAAUGGAACCUUCACGGGCGAGCCAGGUUUUCCUCGUGGCAUGGUAGACCGCUCCGACCCGACUUUCAAUGACAAUCUCUUCGUCCACCUUCUCCCUCCCAAUUCUAGGGCUGAAGGUCCCGUCAUCAAUGUAGAUGACAACAUCUCAAGACAUCCUGUGGGCACCUACACGGAUAAAUUUCCCAUGCUCCAAGCCUCCCCGGCGACCUGGUCGCUCUUCGUUGACCUUCGCAUCCCGGAGGACAUUGCCUCCGGCUCCACCUUGACUCUCUACUGGGUCUGGGACUGGCCUACUCUCAAGCCUGAGUUUGUCGAUGCUUCGGCCAAUGGCAUCUAUGAAACUCAAGGAGAGAGUGUUUCUACCCCAGAGUUAUACACUAGUGUGGUGGACAUCUCCGUGGUGGGCUCCAACGAGCCAGCUUCUCUCAAUGCGGCUGCUAUUGGGGAAAACCAAGGUGCACAGAGCAGCGGUGGUUUUAUCGCGGAUCAAGACGUGACCAACAGGGCGAUCGGCGACCAACUAAACAACAUGUUCCUCGUGGAUGUUGACUUUUCCAACUCCCCAACCCCGCGGACGGUAACCGUCACUGCCGACCCUGUCACUGUCACUGUGACGUCGGAGCCAGAGCCCGUCACCGUCACCGUUAUCGUGACUGCCGAACCCUCUGUAGAAGAGCCCGUGACUGUCACCGUCACGGUGGAUAUUGAGCCUACAACAAUCUUCACUACCCUCACUACCACUCGCGGGGCGGCUCAGGCUACCUUGCCUCCCGGCACGGCUCUUCCUAGGGCACCUCGCUUGCACCGUGACAACUGGGGCUUUGGUUACUGA